AUGCGACGACUUGCCGCCGCCGUGGCUGUUGCCACUAUUGUGUCAACUCUGGCGAAUGAUCACCAAGACCGGUGCACGGCCAUCCUCGUUGGAGCUAAGGCAUCCGUGACAGGAGCACCCAUGACGACCCACAGCAACGACUGCCCGGACUGCGAUUUUCGCCUGGUCAAGGUGCAUCCGAUGACGCAUGCCUCUGGCGCAAUGCGCGACGUUGUGCUCGUUUCAUCGCAAUACCCGCGUUAUGUCGGGAACGCAAGAGGUUCCGGCUACUCGCGCAGCCACUUGGACCCCAUCCAGGCCCCGGACGGUGGCUUUAUCAAGUACACGGACACGAUCCCGAUUGCCCAAAUUGUCCAAGUCAACUACACGUAUGGGUACCUCGAAGGCGUGUACGGCAUCAUGAACGACCAGCAGCUCGCAAUGGGAGAAAGCACGUGUGGAGCCAAAUUCGCGUCCAAGCCGAUCGGUCACGGUGGGGUGGCCUACUUUGACAUCACCGAACUCGGUCGUCUCGCGCUGGAGCGGACGUCGACGGCACGCGAUGCGAUUGCCCUCAUGGGUCGAAUGGCCGAGACCCACGGGUACUACGGAGCAAAUUGGGACGACAACGAUGGAAGCGAUCCACGGGAAAGCGCCGGCGAAGCCCUCACGAUCGCCGAUGCCAAAGGAGAAGCGUGGAUGUUUCACAUCUUACCCGACGACUCUGGCGCGUCGGCCGUGUGGGUUGCGCAGCGCGUGCCCGAUACGCACAUCACGGUCGUUGCAAAUGAAUUUAUGAUUCACCAGGUCAACUUGGCGGACACGGACAACUUUAUGGGGUCCACCAACAUGCACGAGAUCGCGGAACGCAAUGGUUUCUGGAACCCCGCGACAGGGCCGUUCGAUUUCACGGUGGCGUUUGGACUACGACCAUCGUGGCCAUACGGACAUACGCGGCGAGUGUGGCGAGUGCUCACACUGGCAAACCCCGCCCUGGAUCUGUCACCGACCACCGACGCCUUCGCCACGAGUUAUCCCUUUUCGGUCGAGGUGGCCCAACCGCUCGCCGCCGCCGAUCUCAUGCGAUAUCAUCGCGACCAUUACGAAAACACCCCAUUCGAUCUCACGCAAGGUCCUGCUGCUGGCCCGUAUGGGAACCCGAAUCGUUAUGGUACCGCCAGGGUCGAGGUCGUUUGCCCAGCUAAACCAACGAUCCCCAGGUGGCACUUUGAGCGAGCCAUCUCGAUCUACGACGCAACUUAUACCUUCGUCACAUCGAUCCAUCCGACCAACGUGAACCUCGGUUUCCUCUGGUUUGGACCGUACGCGCCACACGCGACGAUUUACGUUCCGAUUUUCGUCCGAACCGCCGACGUCCCGGCUGAAGUAGGUCGAGGGUCCCUUCGCCAGUUCAACUCGUCGUCAUUGUUCUGGGCGAAUCUCGCUGUCGGCAACUACGCGUCGUUGUGGUACAAAUUUACCCGUCCCGUCAUGGCCGACACCCAACGGCGCGUGGAAGACGUCGCUGAACUGGCAGUCGUUUAUGACGAGGCCCAAGCCGCUCUAGCCAAGGAAGGCGAUGUCGGCGUCACUAGCGUCCUCACGCGAGCGAGCAACAAAUUUGCCUCGACGGGUCUCGCAGCGGCGACCGCCCUCUUCCAGGACCUCGUCACGCGCUUUCACAAUGGAAGCGUCGUGAUCAAAUCGACCGAACACUCCUUCAGUGUGCAGUACAUGGGUUACCCGACGUGGUGGCUCGAUUCCGUCGGGUACUACAACUCGACUCAGGCAGGACUCGACGACUCGCCGUGCAACGUGUAUGUAUCUGGCGGAAUCAUCGCGGCGUUUUGUGUCUUGGUAGUCGGCGCCAUGGCGGCAGGAUUCAUUUUGGGCCAGCGGGCGUCUAUCAAGCUAAAGCGCGGAUAUGCAUUCAUUCAAUAA